AUGAAAACUUGCCAGAAUCAGAAGGACAAAUCUGAGAAGAAACGAGAGAAGCUGCUGAACAAACAGACAAAGGCCAAAUAUCAUCAGGAGAAACUAAGGAAGCACUCAAAGAAAAUGCUUAAGUCAACGCAGAACGUUACUUUCCAUUAUCAGCUAUUCCUAUAUCGCCAGGAGCUGCGAAAAUCCGACGCGGACUUCUCCUAUCUACGUCUAUCCCGGGCCAAGAUCAUGUUGACGGCACAGCUCAUAGCCAAGAAUAUUGGCAACUGCAACAAACUGUGCACCGUGGAUGAUCUCAAGAUGCUCAGCCGGGAGGUUCAGUUCAAGAAGCGCCUGUGCAACCAAGUAGAACGCUUGGAACAAUUCCAGGAGCUGGGCCUAACCGAUCUCGUGCUCAAUGGCAAAAGGACUGCUCUCUAAAGGGCUUCUUACUAGGGCUGGGCAUUAGCUUAAGUUACUUUUAUAGUUUAGAUUGUAAUUUUUAUUCAAAUAAAAUUUGACAAUACAUUUAA